GUGGACAUUACUGGCGUAAGAGUCUGGGUGUUCAGGCUUAGUGACAGCUUACUCCAGAUAAAUAAAAGGAACUAAAAGUGAUUAUCGGAAUCAGGGAGGAUACAGGAAGUUUCUUAGGGUAGUUUCGCAACUCGUAUGCUUUUUUUUUUUUGCAAAGGGAAGAAAGAUCUCGAAGCUUCUUUUUCAGAUUUGAGGUGAUGGGGGACAAGAAGGAUGCAGGAAAAGUUCCUGUGAUUGAGGAAACAAAGGUGAAACAGCUUUAUGAAACCGAGGCGUCCCUGGAGCCUGAUGGCAACGUUGAUUAUGGCAUCGCUGGGGGGAACUCCAUCUAUUCUGCAAUCCUGAGCAGAAAUGAGGCUGUGAAAGAUGCAAAGCGUUUGAAGACGUUUUUGGAGCUGCGAGACAAAUAUGUAGAGAAAAACGUUUUGUUUGAGGAUCCGCUGUUCCCUGCAAACGACUCCUCACUUUUUUACAGUCAGAAACCUUCAAUGAAGUUUGAGUGGAAGCGUCCCACGCAAAUCUGUGACAACCCCCACUUCAUUGUGGACGGAGCCAACAGAACAGAUAUCUGUCAAGGAGAGCUGGGUGACUGCUGGUUACUCGCUGCCAUCGCCUGUCUGACUCUGAAUGAGAAGCUGCUGUACAGAGUGAUUCCUCGAGACCAGAGCUUUACAGAAAAUUACGCUGGGAUCUUCCACUUCCAGUUCUGGCGUUAUGGUGAAUGGGUUGAUGUGGUUGUGGAUGACCGCAUCCCUACCUGCAACAACCAUCUGGUUUUCACCAAGUCAUUCAGAAAGAAUGAGUUCUGGAGCGCUCUUUUGGAAAAAGCUUAUGCCAAGUUGCAUGGGUCUUAUGAGGCUCUUAAAGGGGGCAAUACGCUGGAAGCCAUGGAGGAUUUUACCGGUGGAGUUACAGAGUUUUUUGAGUUGUCAGAGGCUCCCACAGACCUUUACAGCAUCAUGAAGAAGGCUCUGGAGAGAGGCUCGCUAAUGGGCAGCUCCAUAGAUGUUUCAUCAGCCAAAGAAAUGGAGUCUCGGACGGAACUGGGAUUGAUCAGGGGUCAUGCCUACUCCAUAAUAGCCCUGGAAGAGUGUGACGAAGUUUCAAAGGACACCAAAAUCUCCCUGAUCCGACUACGUAAUCCCUGGGGUAUUGUGCUCUGGAAGGGACCCUGGUGUCCCAACUCGAAGGAGUGGUUGACCAUCUCCCCUGCAGACAGAGAGAAUCUAAAGAAACAGACUGUAGAGACCAGCGAGUUCUGGAUGUCCUUUGAUGACUUUAAGAAGACUUUCACCAAGCUGGAGAUGUGUAAUCUGACCCCUGACACUCUGCAGGAUGACGAGAGACAAACCUGGACUGUGUCGGUCCACGAGGGUCGCUGGGUGAGAGGCAGCUCUGCUGGUGGUUGCAGGAACUCCCCAGACACGUUUUGGACCAACCCUCAGUAUCGGCUGCAGCUGUACGAGGAAGAUGAUGAUCCAGAGGAUGGGCAGGUGGUCUGCACAGUCGUCGUGGCGCUGAUGCAAAAAGGUCGCAGGAUGCUGCGUCACAAAGGGCUCAAAUUCCUCACCAUCGGAUUUUCUGUCUAUGAGGUGCCAAAGGAGAUGCGAGAGCAGAAUCAACACCUGCAGAAAGACUUCUUCCUCUACACGGCCUCCAAGGCUAAAUGUAAGUCCUACAUCAACCUGCGUGAGGUGACGGAGCGUUUCCGGCUGCCUCCUGGGGAGUACGUCAUCAUCCCCACCACCUUUAAACCUCAUGAGGAGGGAGAGUUCAUCCUCAGGGUCUUCUCUGAGAAGCAGAAUGUAUCUGAGGAAGCAGAGAGCAACAUUGAAUCUGGAAAAAUUCAGCAGGACAAUAAAAAGACAAACAAGCCCAUUGUGUUUGUGUCAGACAGAGCCCGUGCCAACAAAGAGCUGGAACACGAUGGCAUUCUGGGAGAGAAGAAGAAGAAACUGAAGAAGAAGCUGCUGCAACCUGAAGAAGAGACGGAAGAGGAGAAGAAGUUCAGGGCCAUUUACCAGCAGAUAGCUGGAGAGGACAUGGAGAUCUGUGCAAAUGAACUGAGGACGAUUAUGAAGAACGUUCUUUCCAAACAUAAUGAGAUCAAGUCAGAAGGUUUCAGCCUUGAGACGUGCAGAAGCAUGAUUGCCUUGAUGGAUACUGAUGGAUCAGGAAAGCUGCAUUUCCAGGAGUUCAAACACUUGUGGAAAAAGAUCAAAGACUGGCAGCUCAUCUUCAAACGCUACAACAAAAACAAUUCCUGCUCCAUCAGCAGCUUUGAGAUGAGGAACGCAGUCAACGAUGCAGGGUUUCAGCUGAACAAACAGCUGUAUGACAUCAUAGCGAUGCGCUACGCAGACGAACACCUCAACAUUGAUUUUGACAGCUACAUCUGCUGUUUUGUGAGACUGGAGGGCAUGUUCAGAGCUUUCAAUGCUUUUGAUAGAGAUGGAGAUGGAAUAAUCAAACUCAAUGUACUGGAGUGGCUUCAACUGACCAUGUACUCCUAGACGCUACUCCCUUCAGUAGAUCUUUGUCGAUGCACUUCGUAAGACUCAAAAAUGAUGAGUUUUGCACAUUUUAGGUGAUUAAAGCAAAGUUGUGACACUAAAA